CCGUUUAUUAGAACCGGAAGUAGUAAGGCAUUAUUUUGCCCAGAGGCACAGACUGGCUCUUCUCACACUGCACAUUCUCAGCCGAAGUCGAACUGUCCUUAAACCUCCGACAUGAAGCACAGCUCGAACGUCCCAGCCUUCCUCACCAAGCUGUGGACGCUGGUGGAGGACUCCGACAGCAACCAGCUGAUCUGCUGGAGCCAGGAGGGCAACAGCUUCCUGGUGCUGGACGAGCAGCGCUUUGCCAAAGAGAUUCUCCCGAAGUUCUUCAAGCACAACAACAUGGCUAGUUUCAUCAGGCAGCUCAACAUGUAUGGAUUCCGUAAAGUGAUGCACAUUGACACAGGCAUUGUGAAGCAGGAGAGAGACGGCCCAGUGGAGUUUCAGCACCCUUACUUCAAACAUGGACAGGACGACCUGCUGGAGAACAUCAAAAGGAAGGUUUCUAACACCCGGCCAGAGGACACUAAGAUUCGACAGGAAGACCUGACCAAGAUCUUGGCGAAUGUUCAAAAUGUUCAUAACAAACAGGAGAACAUUGAUGCCAGGCUAGCUACACUGAAGAGGGAGAAUGAAGCUCUAUGGAGGGAGAUCUCAGAUCUGAGACAGAAACAUGCCCACCAACAGCAGCUCAUCAAAAAGCUCAUACAUUUCAUCGUCACGUUGGUACAGAACAACCGCAUCCUGAACUUAAAGCGCAAACGGCCAGUUCUUAUGAACAGCAAUGGAAAGAAGCCCAAAUACAUCCAUCCGAUCUAUGAUGAGAAAGUGUGUGUGGAGCAGUCAUCUGUCAGCAGUCUGAACAGUGUGAAGAGUGCAGAGAUAUCAGAUGACGUUAUCAUCUGUGACGUGACUGAGAAUGACACUGAAGUGAUGGCCGAGAUCAGCGAGGGGUCGCCCAGAGCCUACGAGCAAGGUGACAUAGAAAUCGUGGAAGUAGAGCUGGAUGGCUGUGCAGUACAGCCUGCUGAGACAGAGGUGAGCACAACCUGCACAGCUGACAUCAAACAGACAGAGGCUGGUGUGUCACCACCAGCACCAUCAGCAGCAGAUAGCAGCCAGAGGAGCAGGACUUCAGACAGCAGUGGAGCCACCAGCAGCGCCCUGCAGCUCAAUAAAUCCUCAGGCCUGAGUCUGGAGGACCCAGUCAAGAUGAUGGACUCCAUACUGAAUGAGAAUGGAGCAAUAUCACAGAACAUCAACUUGCUGGGCAAGGUAGAGCUGAUGGACUAUCUGGACAGUAUUGACUGCAGUCUGGAGGACUUCCAAGCCAUGCUUUAUGGAAAACAGUUUGGUAUUGAUUUUGACACCCUGGAGGAGAGUGUGUCCUCCAAAGAGAACACUACACAGCUAAAUCGAGGCAGGACAGAGGAAGACAACACAGAUAAGCAGCUGAUCCAAUACACCUCCUGCCCCCUGCUGGCCUUCCUUGAUGGUUGCACCCCUCCUCCAGAGGUGGAUCUGAGCACCAGGUCCUCCAGCGCCCACCUCCAGCCCUCUUCCAGCUCCAGUGAUUGUGUGGAGGCUGAGCCGCCCUCAGAGCUGCUGGACUCCAGCCUGAAGCUGAAGCAGCCAGCUCACAGUUCCCUGAUCCACCUUGAGCCUCUGACAGAGGCGGAGGCCAGCCAAGAGACGCUCUUCUACCUGUGUGAACUAAGUCCUGCUGGACCGGAGGCCGACUCCACCCAGCUGUAGAGAGUGUGAGCAGAAACAGGAACCACUGUGACAGUGAUGACACUCAUACAGCACAGACUACAUCACUUCAUCCUCCAGACAUUUGUGUGCUAAUAUUCUCUCACUGCUCCAACCUGAGGUGUGUGCUUGACGUAAAGAGGCUGGUGAAAGAAGAGCUCACAUUUUAUCAUGAAAGAUAUACAUUGAAGAUAACAUUGAAGUCUUUUUAUUCAGUAGAAUAAUGAUGUAUGUCAAUACAAAUGUAUGGUGUAUGACAAAGUGACAAAGCCCACGAUACACAUCAUCAAAUGGUUCUUAUCCCUGGAAUACUGACACUGAUGCUUCAUCUGUGUCGACAUUGUCCAUCAAACUGCCCUCCAUCAUGUGUGGUACCAUUGACAUGCAGAUGAAUGACAUUUCUGAGUGGGCUCGCUUAUUCAAGAAUAAAUCUUUCUGAUGCAGUGACUCUGCCGUAUAUGAGGGUUCAGACAUCUUGAAGGUACUUUAUCAUCAUCAUGUGACUUGAAUGUUUUCUUCAAUGCGGUGGUCUUAAAUGUAAAAAUGACGCACAGGACACCAGGAUAUCAUCUCUGUGCUGCUCUUAUGCUCUUGAGUAUCACAGCGUCAGUGAGGAAGCAUCCUGUCCUGACCUGACCGAGAGACUGAAUCUUUGCUUUACGUCUGAAAAUCAAUUUAUUCAGAUUUUUGUUAAUCUUUUGCUACUUUUGUGUGCAGAGCUGAGACUCUUCAUAACGUGACAUUCCUGCAGUUAGUGCUGUUUCCAGCAAAGUAUUCUUUUUCACUGGGAGAGUUUGUUUUUGUAACAUUUAUGUCAUGAAAGCAACAUGAGAGAAAACUGGGGCAAACAUGAUCUUAACUAAACACUUUACUUGAACCUGAUCAGAGGUCACUCAGUUUCCACAUCACAGCAGCCAGUCAACUCACAGGCUGCACUUUACUCAGAGCGGGGGAUAAUGUGACAUUAUAAAGUAGGUUGUGCAAUUGAUGAUUGAUGGUCAUCUGGAAAUGUGUCAGCUUGUGUGUGGGUGUGCCUGAGAGUGUGUGUGUGUGUGUUGUAAGUCUAGAUACAGGAACUGUCUGUGGAUUUGAGAAAGUGCUCUGCCUGUCCAUGUGAGAACACCAGCAAUGGUGUGCAAUGAUUUAACUAUGUGGUCAUAUAAUAGAUUGGUCCAUUUGCCCACUAGCUGUAUAUUUCUCUGUUAAGCUUUUGUUUAAUGGCAACAGCUGGAGACAGAGAAGUGGGGAUGGAAUCAAAUCCAGGACUCAGCUUUAGUACUUAAUGUGGCGAGUCCUCGACCAUAUGAGCUCCUGAAGCCCCUUCUUACUAGUUUUUAGCAUAGCUUUCAACUUGAGCUCAUAGCUCAGAGAAAAGUUCUCCAAUGAGACCAAAGUUCAUGUGGUGACAGCAGAAUCUUCUCCAGGGCAACUGAACACACACUUUGCUUGGAUCUUGAGUUAAAAUAAUUUUGUCAGUCUGAAAUUGAAUCUUUGCUUUUGAUCCAACAACAACCUGCAGGUGUGCAAAAACCUCAGUCUGUCGGUAAGACUGUAGCAGGUGAAAUUGCCAUCCAGUUGUCUGACUGCAAGGUCAAAUUGUUAAACAUUGAACUCUUGAUUACCCCUCUGACAAAUGUGAACAAUCGUCACAUAUUCAUGAGUCAUGAAAAAAAUAUGAGGAAACCAGAGAAACACCCUAACAAGCUUCAGCCCUCGUCUGAUGUAACGUCAUGGCGGUUUAAUUCAUUUGCAGUCAGCCAUAAGUCAUAUCUAGACACGCAUGGCAACAAUCUGUUUGUCCCAGUUGUCAAGAAUGAAAAAGAACCAGCUCCAAACAUGAACAUUCCCUGAUUCUGUCACAGUGGUCAGUUGUUCCUGAAAUCUUCAAACUUCCUGUUCAAGAAAACAACACUUUGGUUUCUGCAGCAGAAUCAGGAAGUCUGUUUCAUUUUUGGGCUGAUCUGCCCGGUCAGACAGCUGUAAAUGAUUUUUGUGUUUCCUGGCAUAGAACUUGUGCUGUUGAAUCGCCUCAGUAUGUUCAUGUUUUGAUAAAGGGAAACUCUUCUUUCAUAUAGUGCCGGCAUCCAUUUUUUCUGGUAGAGCCGCACAUAGACACACCUCGAUGCUGUUUAUCGUCUGCUGUGCACGGUCAGAGGUCACAUGACAUCCCACAACUUGUCUGUCUUGUUGCAAGCCUUGCAGUUCCAAUAAAUCCAACGCUACAGUC